GAUUGCAGGCAAGGUUACAGCAGGCUCUACCCCUUCCACCUCCCCCAUUCCAUGUCCAUCUCCAUCUCCCUCAUCUGGUGACUGGAUGCGUUCUCACAUAGGCAGGGCCUCACCUGUGCAUAACUCUCAUGGCAAAAGCAUGCCCUCCACUUCCUCCCAGGGUUCUGGUGGCUGUUCUCAGUCAGAGCAGACAACCACCCCGAAAUCCACACCAAAGCAUACAGACAUGGCAGAACUGGCAAAACAUGAAGCAGAAAUAGAACAUCGUACCCUUGCACUAAAACGUGAAGGUUUCUGGUCCCUAAAACGUCUGUCUCGUAUAACCGAACCAGUAAGGCCCAAAGUACAGUGGGAUUACCUCUGUGAGGAAAUGCAGUGGCUUUCUGCAGAUUUUGCACAAGAGAGGCGAUGGAAAAGAGGAGUGGCCCGAAAGGUAGUACGGAUGGUGAUGCGCCACCAUGAGGAGCUAAGACAGAAGGAAGAGAGAGCGAAACGUGAGGAGCAGGCCAAACUGAGAAGAGUUGCUUCUUCUAUUGCCAAGGAGGUCCGUGCCUUCUGGAGCAGUGUUGAGAAGGUGACUUUUGGGGAGAUGAGCAUGGAAGAGCUCUUAGAGAAGUACAGAGGAGCGUAUGCCUCUGAUUUUGAGGAGCCCUCAGCCUCAGUGUCACCGGACUCCUCAGAAGAAUCAGAGGGAACUGAGGAGGAAGCGGAGGAAGAGACGGAGGGAGAGGAUAGUGCUGAUAAUAGUAGUUCCUCCUCAGAUUCCCAAGUGGCUGUAGACAGUGACAAAGUAGAUGAGGAUGUGCAGGAGAGUGAUAAUGAGGAUGAUGGAGGAGAGGGAAUGGAGGUUCUGCUGAGAGAAGGAGACCAUAGUCCUACUGUACCAACAUCUCCCCGACCUAAGAAAGAAAUCAGCCACAUUGCUGCUACUGCCGAGAGCCUUCAACCUAAGGGAUAUACACUGGCAACAACAAAGGUCAAAACACCAAUUCCAUUCCUGCUUCAUGGUACCUUGCGUGAGUACCAGCACAUUGGACUGGACUGGUUGGUCACCAUGAAUGAGAAGAAACUCAAUGGCAUACUUGCAGAUGAAAUGGGGCUUGGCAAAACCAUCCAGACCAUUGCUUUGUUAGCUCAUCUAGCAUGUGUAAAGGGUAACUGGGGUCCACAUCUGAUUAUUGUGCCCACCAGUGUAAUGCUCAACUGGGAGAUGGAGUUGAAACGUUGGUGCCCUGGAUUCAAAAUCCUCACCUACUAUGGUAGCCAGAAGGAGCGCAAACUCAAGAGACAAGGCUGGACCAAACCCAAUGCUUUCCAUGUCUGCAUCACCUCGUAUAAGCUAGUACUGCAAGAUCAUCAGGCUUUUAGGCGCAAGUCUUGGAGGUACCUCAUUUUGGAUGAAGCCCAGAACAUCAAGAACUUUAAGUCCCAGCGCUGGCAAAGCCUGCUCAAUUUCAACAGCCAGAGGCGAUUGUUGCUCACAGGUACCCCUCUCCAGAACAGUCUAAUGGAGCUGUGGUCUCUUAUGCACUUCCUCAUGCCGCACGUUUUCCAGUCCCAUCGUGAGUUCAAGGAGUGGUUCUCAAACCCGCUCACUGGAAUGAUUGAAGGGAGCCAGGAGUACAACGAGGGCUUGGUCAAGCGGCUUCACAAGGUGCUAAGACCCUUUUUGCUGCGAAGAAUCAAAGCCGAUGUGGAGAAACAAAUGCCAAAAAAAUAUGAGCAUGUUGUGCGCUGUCGACUCUCCAAAAGACAGCGUUUUCUCUAUGAUGACUUCAUGGCCCAGGCCUCGACUCGAGAGACUUUAACCAGCGGCCAUUUCAUGUCUGUGAUCAACAUCCUGAUGCAGCUGCGGAAAGUGUGUAAUCACCCCAACCUGUUUGAUCCAAGGCCCAUACAAUCCCCCUUCAUCACAAAGGCCAUCAUCUAUUCUACUGCUUCACUGGUUCAUCGGGCUCUUGAGACUUCACCUUUUGAGCGCUGUGACAUGUCCAUGUUGGACCUGGUUGGCCUGGAGCAGCGUGUGACUAGAUACCAGGCAGAUGUUUUCCUGCCUCAGAGGAAAGUGACACAUCAUCUUAUUCAGGAGAUCAUGGAGUCCCCUGAUCCUCCUCCCAGACCGAAGCCUGUUCGCAUGAAAGUCAACAGGAUGCUUCAGCCUCUUCCUAAAUCUGAUGGGCGUUCAUCAGCGAACAGUCCUCGCCCUACGUGCCCUACCACCACAGCUGUUCAGGCUCCAAAGCCUUUAAUUACAGAGGUCACCCCUCCCUCACAGCCAGCACCUCAAGUUUGUCCUGUUACUCCUGUUGCUGCUGCAAGAGCUCCAGUGGCUCAUAGCAGUGUCCCUUCUGCACCUGCAGUCAGGCCUCCAGCCCCCCAGCCAGUGACUGUACGCCCCUCAGGACCAUCCAGCGUCACAACGGUGUCCGCUCCCCCUCAACCACCAAGCAACAUUAUGACUCAGAGGGUCCUGCUUAGCCCAGAUAUGCAGGCUCGUUUGCCAUCCGGUGAAGUUGUGAGUAUCGCUCAGCUGGCCUCCCUGGCUGGCCGACCAGUGUCGUCCUCUCAGGGCAGUAAACCAGUCACCUUCCAGCUACAGGGCAACAAGCUCACACUCUCUGGGACUCCCUUGCACCAAGUUCCUGUUCCUCAGCCACGACCCAUCCAAGGAAAUAUAAUGCAUCUGGUUUCCAGUAGUGGGCAACACCACCUUUUUAGUCAGGCAGUUCUUCACACAGUUAGUCAGUCAGGUAGCAGCUCAGCAAAUCCCCACCCAACCAGCACAAUCCCAACCUGCUCUGGACUAGCAGUACCUUUCACCGCUACUCAAGUUCCAACAGCCAUGAUAAGUGGGCCUGGAAUUGUAAAGAUUGUUGUACGCCAAGCACCAAGUAAAGAAGGAGGGUCAAUCCCGACUCUGGCUGUGCCUCCUUCUCCUCUGAAGCGCUGUGACAUGUCCAUGUUGGACCUGGUUGGCCUGGAGCAGCGUGUGACUAGAUACCAGGCAGAUGUUUUCCUGCCUCAGAGGAAAGUGACACAUCAUCUUAUUCAGGAGAUCAUGGAGUCCCCUGAUCCUCCUCCCAGACCGAAGCCUGUUCGCAUGAAAGUCAACAGGAUGCUUCAGCCUCUUCCUAAAUCUGAUGGGCGUUCAUCAGCGAACAGUCCUCGCCCUACGUGCCCUACCACCACAGCUGUUCAGGCUCCAAAGCCUUUAAUUACAGAGGUCACCCCUCCCUCACAGCCAGCACCUCAAGUUUGUCCUGUUACUCCUGUUGCUGCUGCAAGAGCUCCAGUGGCUCAUAGCAGUGUCCCUUCUGCACCUGCAGUCAGGCCUCCAGCCCCCCAGCCAGUGACUGUACGCCCCUCAGGACCAUCCAGCGUCACAACGGUGUCCGCUCCCCCUCAACCACCAAGCAACAUUAUGACUCAGAGGGUCCUGCUUAGCCCAGAUAUGCAGGCUCGUUUGCCAUCCGGUGAAGUUGUGAGUAUCGCUCAGCUGGCCUCCCUGGCUGGCCGACCAGUGUCGUCCUCUCAGGGCAGUAAACCAGUCACCUUCCAGCUACAGGGCAACAAGCUCACACUCUCUGGGACUCCCUUGCACCAAGUUCCUGUUCCUCAGCCACGACCCAUCCAAGGAAAUAUAAUGCAUCUGGUUUCCAGUAGUGGGCAACACCACCUUUUUAGUCAGGCAGUUCUUCACACAGUUAGUCAGUCAGGUAGCAGCUCAGCAAAUCCCCACCCAACCAGCACAAUCCCAACCUGCUCUGGACUAGCAGUACCUUUCACCGCUACUCAAGUUCCAACAGCCAUGAUAAGUGGGCCUGGAAUUGUAAAGAUUGUUGUACGCCAAGCACCAAGUAAAGAAGGAGGGUCAAUCCCGACUCUGGCUGUGCCUCCUUCUCCUCGUCCUGCUCCUGCUCAAUCGGUCACCCUUCACCCACAUGGCACUCCAAGCCCUGUUCUUAGAGCACCCACUGCUUCACAGCCUCCACAACGGCCUCCAGUUUAUGCUGCUCCACCCCGAACUGUUGCUUCCUCCCAGACUCCACCUACUCGCCCGGUAUUGAGAGUAGUACAGGGGCCACCACCACCAGCCCCAGAACCACCAGUAACAAAGGCAAAUUCAUCAUCAGUGCGUGAGAACAGUGGUAAUGAUGUGAUUACUUUGCGCAUGAGCACUCCUAAGCCUGCAUCCUCAUCUCAGAGCAGUGGAUCAACAUCUCAGCGUCCCCGUGUUCAGCCACCACCUCCACCACGUUCCCCCUUCUACAUGUCAUGGCUUGCAGACAGCCGAAAGGAUCAGCGAGACAGCCGAAUCUCUCAAAUCAUGCGCAUCAAUGAGCUACACUGCAGUGCUAAGCCUGUGUAUGGCCGUGAGGUGCUGGACUUUCUAACCUUCCUCCCAGGCACUUGUCCAUCUCCGCCACGUCCCGUUAUGAACAACUGGAGUUACUCAGGUUAUAGCUCCUGCCUCACUGCACAAUCACACCAUACCAGUAGCUUCCUGGAAAAGAGCCACGCCCUGAAGGAAGCCAUCCACUACUCAGAGGAGAGGCUUCAACUUCUCUCUGAUGUCAUAGACAGGUUCACUUUUGUCAUUCCUCCAGUGGAAGCAAAGCCUAUUACCAUGCACACCUGCCAUCCACCUCCCUCCCUCAGACACCAGCAAGGCCAUUUAUCCUCUGUUCUGUCUUCCCAUCUCUCCCCGCAUACACACACGCUCCAUCGCAUCCAGUGUAACAUGAGGACACAUUUCCCUGACUUGAGGCUUAUUCAGUAUGAUUGUGGUAAGCUGCAGACACUCCACCUCCUGCUUAGAAAGUUGAAGGCAGAAACGCACAGAGUCCUCAUUUUCACUCAGAUGACACGUAUGCUGGAUAUACUUGAGCAGUUCCUCAACUACCAUGGGCACAUCUACCUGCGGUUGGAUGGAAGUACACGUGUAGAACAAAGACAGGCUCUGAUGGAGCGCUUCAAUGCAGACCGUCGCAUAUUCUGCUUCAUCCUGUCCACCCGCAGUGGAGGUGUUGGUGUUAACCUGACUGGGGCUGAUACAGUGGUGUUCUAUGACAGUGAUUGGAACCCAACCAUGGAUGCCCAAGCUCAGGACCGGUGCCACAGAAUUGGACAGACGAGAGAUGUUCACAUCUAUAGGCUAAUCAGUGAACGCACAGUUGAAGAAAAUAUUUUAAAAAAAGCCAAUCAAAAGAGGAUGUUGGGAGAUAUGGCAAUUGAAGGUGGAAACUUUACAACUGCCUUUUUCAAGCAGCAAACUAUAAGGGAGUUGUUUGAUGUGUCAGAGGGAGAGAAGAAAGAGGCUGAAUUGAGUGCGCCUCAGUCAGAUGAUGAUGAGUCCAUAAAUAAACAACAAACCACUAUUUUGGAACAGGCCCUGUGUCGUGCUGAGGAUGAAGAGGAUAUAGUGGCUGCAUCUCAAGCCAAGGCUGAGCAGGUGGCUGAGCUUGCAGAGUUUAAUGAAAAUAUCCCUCUGGAUGAUGGUGACAGCAGAGACCAGGAAGAGGAAGAGCUCUCCAAGGCUGAGCAGGAAAUUGUUGCCCUAGUUGAACAGCUCACUCCCAUAGAGCGAUAUGCUAUGAAUUUCCUUGAGGCUUCCCUUGAAGAUAUUUGCAAAGAGGAGCUGAAGCAGGCAGAGGAGCAGGUUGAGGCUGCAAGGAAAGGGUUGGAUCAGGCAAAGGAAGAAGGUUUGAAACUGCAUCAGUCAUCCGACAGUGACAAAGAGGAUUCCAUACCUCCCAAUACUGAGGAGCCUACACUAACCCGUCGCCCUCGCAAACACAAAGAGAAAGGUGCUCCUUCUACGAGGGUCAGUGGCAGGCUCAGAGGGACACCUGCUGACAAUAUAUCCCUAACCCAGCGAUCCCCAGAGAGAGGCAGGCGGGGGGCAUGGAUGAACUCUGAAUGCAGUAUGAGCCAAACCCCUGGGUCAACGCAAAAGUCGCCCCAACACAAAGAUGUGCCUGAGAAGCUUCACAGUGGUCCAAAAGGGCGAGGGACAACCAAAGAAUCCGUGUCCCUCACAUCAUCAGAAAACCAGACAAUUCAAACCAACCCACAGCUCUCAGAUUCAACAACUUUGUCCCCUGUUAUGCGGGGUUCAGACACAAAAAUUAGAUAUGUGCCAUCCCCUCACCACCAGCCCAUCUCCCCAUCAAGCUCUGUGCCUUCAGCUGCUGCAUCUCCCGCAAUGGACAUAAACUCUAGUGGCCAUCAGUCCUCCUCCUCUACUGCAUGCAGAGAGGACAAUGAAGAGCAGGGGGGAGAGGCACUGUCUGAAAAUAUACAGUGUAGCAGGAGAGAUAGGAAAACCUCUGUGUCAUCAGACUCCAUCUUUUCUCCUGAACAUCGCUCUGAACAGGAUGGUCAGCUCCCUCUUUCUCCUACUCUGGCAUCACCUAACUCUCGCUCACCACGAAAGCGGCAGUCAGCUGAAAGGGAAAUCCUCAAAGGGCUUCCAGAAGAUUCUCCAUCAGCCAAGGUCCUUCGAAAGCUUCCAGGUCGUCUGGUCACAGUGGUGGAGGAGAAAGAGCCCAAACGGAGACGGAGGGGCUUGAGUGGAAGUGGAGGAGCACACACUGAGGGUUCAUCAGAGGAAACUGAACACGCUGAGCCAGUUCCAGACCCAGGCUCUCAACUGUCUGAUGGAGGAAGUCAAACUCUUAAAGACUCUCCUCCCAAAGCAGUGCCCACAUCCUUAGCUUCUUCCCCACCACCACCAACACAAGAGCAGGAUCAGGCCUCCUCUCCAUUACAUAGUAGCCCAGGGAGAGGGCACCACCCCUGUUCCCCAACACACCAUUCCCCAGAUAUGCCUGUCCUACGAAACUUACCAGUACGUCGAAGGCUUGAGACAGAGUCUCGAAUGGCUGCACAGUUAGGAGAGCAAUUUGUAGGAAGAGGUAGAGGGGUGGAUCGGAGAUCUGCUUUAUCACCAAAGAAACCAGAAUCGAAUUUGGACAAGGAUAGUACUGCUCCAAAUGACUCAAUGAAGCGCAAGAGGGGCAGACCGCCUAAAACACCUCCACGGGCACUAGAGCUACCAGAAGACAAGACACCAGUAACCCAGAAAACAAGUCCAGAGCGGAGUUCCUCUCACUCACCAAAACGGAAAAGAGGUCGUCCCCGUAAAGAUUCCACCACAACUACCAGCUCAUCCCCAUCUUCUCCUUCUACAUGUGCUCCUUCCUCCCAUGAGCCUAAUUUGUCAAGGUCCAAUAUUAUGCCCGUGACUUUGCCUGCUGUCAGUAAUACUUCACCAAUAAGCUCUCCACUCAACCCCACUUCACCCUCAAAUGCUGCUGAAGUAUCGUCAUCUCCUAAACCAGAUUCUGAAACAAAGCAAAAAACGACAUCUGUUUUACUGUCCUCUAUGCAUACAGACUCACAAAAUAUGUCAUUGUCUACAUCAGAACUUGGUGACUCACAUGGUGAAACUCACACCAGUCUGAACCCCCUAAUUGCAUGCAUUGACUCUGACACCAAUACACUUGAAACUUUAUCACACAACACUUCUGCAGCAGCAACCUCUCAGACUUGUACAGCUUCUUCCCCUACACUACAUCCUCCAAGUCCUAUCAGAGAGCCUCCCAUUUGUAAUGUCUCCAUCCAUGAAGAGGAACUUGCCUAUACACCUGUGUUUUUUGAGACCAGUGAAAUCACACCAUCUUCACAACCUUCAAAUGUCUCGGUGACUGCUGUAGAAACCAAGAAAGAUUCACUCACAGAAAAAGAUAAUUUGCAGUACUCAAAUACAUUAACUCAAGUCACUUCACAACUCAUACAAAGACCCAGUACAACUGAAGACUCUCCACAAACUUCUGUAGAACACAUGUGCAAUAUAACUGCAUCUUUUACUCCCACUCAUCAGUCAUCCACCCAGCCUUCUCCUUCACCUGCUUUGACUUCUGAGAUUAAGCAAGAAUCAUCUUCAUCUAAAUCAGAGGUACCAGAACCUUCUGUGACACUGACUGUGUCAACAGUCCAACAAUCCACACCUACAUCUGAUCAAACUUCUGUUCAUCCCUCACAACCUCAAACUACAGACAUUGAAGCAGCAACAGAUUCAGCACUUGUAUCUCACAAAAUGUCUUCAGGGUCUUCACAAUCUCCGUCCAUCACUGAUCAGAUGACAACAGAUUAUUUUUCCACUUCCAAUACAGAUGCAGAUUCUUCUCAGUCCACAAACAUGCCAGUGGAGACCAUGGCUGAUAAUCAUGAAGGCCAACAUUCACCCAAGGAGGAGGUUGUAACUGAGGAAGAGGUUGUGACUGAGGAUACAGAGAAAAUAGAAAUAGACGGUCUUGCGGAGGAAAAUGUAAGAGAAAAAGACAGCAUCUUAUCUCAGCUAAAAAGAAGGAAAUUGGAUAGUUUGCCAAAGGAACAGACACCUGGUGCCUCAGGAGUUGCCUCAUCAAAUUCAGAUAUCGAGUACCAUGAUGACCCUAAGAGUGAUGAACCUGAUAAGCCAUCAGAAGGGGAGUCAAGAGAGGAGAUAGAGACCAGAACUUCUGCCAAAAAACGAAUCAUCAGUAGGCAAAGCAGCCAGGAGUCAGUCCGUUCCUCUUCCCCAUCUUCUGUAUCCUCCUGUGGUACAAGAUCAUCCCAGUCCAAAAAGGCUGGAGAGAAUAGGAGGCAUGCAAAAAGGAAACGGGAAGAUAUAAAGUCUGAAAAAGAGAAAACCGAAGAAGAGUCUGACAAACACCAGUCCAACUCUUCCUCAUCUUCAGACUCUGAGGACUCUAACAGCAUAACAAGAUGUUUGACCAGAUCAACUCAAAAGAAGUUGAAGAAAGAUGGCAUGAUUGCUAAAAAUGAUGAGAGCAGUAAGAGGCAAAGGGCAAGGUCAGACAAGAAGGGUAAAACCACCAAUACCACAGAAGGGGAGUCCAGUGGAGAAACGUGUUCAAAAGUAACCCGGAAAUCUGCAGGCCCACAACCCAAUACUUUAGCCUCCCCUGAACCUGAGGUACUGGGCAAACGCUGCUCAGCCCUUAAUGCUGCCGCCAAGCUCUUGGCAAUGAGGGGAAGAGGACCAGACACACCCAGUCCCAGAAGUAAGACAGCAGCACAACAAAGCAAACCGCUGUCCUCUGAAAAAAAACGUAAACCCAAGGGGAAAACAGGACAGGACUCUCCCAAGAUGUCUAACAGUAAAGCAGGGAGUGGCAGGCAAACCCCCAAUCAGUCAACUGAAUCACCACAGUCCUCUUCUUCUGCUCGAUCAACUCGGCAGCGACCGGGCAGCCUGGUUCCCCCCUUGGAAACAGAAAGGGUUAAAAAAGAAGAAAAGAAAAAGGCAUCUGAUCAGAAGGAAGAAGGCGAAGAUGAAAACAGAGAGACCAGGUCUUCAGGAGGUCAUAGUGCCUGCAGUAGUAUAAGCAGCGAAAGAGGAGCAGGCAGCAGUAGAAGUCGGAGUAGCAGCAACAGCAGCCAGCGCACCCACAGUUUGAGCUCACAGAGUACAGAGCCCACCCGCUCCUGUUCCAGGGCAGCAUCCUCUUGUAGUGAUACAGAGAGAGGCAAAAGUAUUCAGCGUAAGCGUGAUGGAGGUGGAGGCAGGGAAAGCAGGACAGAGAAGAGGUCCCAAAAGCAGGACAAACCUGAACUGAGUGCUGGAUCCAGCGACGGGACUCCAGACAGGGUUCUUAGGAGCGUAGCUGCAUUGGCAGCCGCUCAGGCACGUACUCCAGCUAGCAACACACGUUCUUCGUCCACCCAAAACCGGCACUCCAAGACGUGAUAGAGAGCAGAAAAGUUAUCUUUAGGUUUCAACAAGGAGUGACACAACAACUUCAGCGAGAAGCGAAUGCAGGGGUUUUUUUUUUUUUUUUUGGGAGGAAAGUGGAUCCGUUUCAUUUAAAGGCCAUGGUUUAGCUGAAUGAGAGAAGACGAGAGGAGAGAGAUCUGUUGCACAUUGUGAUUAGAUCUGACCUCGCCUUUGCCCCCUCCGCUAUCUUAAGUCAAGCCAUUUAUAAUGUGGAAAGGGUCUUUAGAUGCAGGACAAUGAUGAAGAUUUGGUCACCUAUUUAAAAAUGUCCUAAUAAUUUGAGCUAAACCCUGGAAAAUAUUUUACCCUUCCACAAAGACUUUGGAACUUCAAAGUAGCUGGGCAAGAGGCAAGAUUUAUUAUUUGUUCACACUAUGUACUGUAAUCAUAAAGACUGGAAAUACUAUGUAAAGUAUGUGUUAAAAGAUUGGUCGCAUAGAUUGUACUCUUUUUACAGAGUUUACUAGUGCUGCAAAUGGUAUUGAUGAGGAAGACAUUCAUUAAUGCUACAUUGAAAUGAUUUAGUGGGGAUUGUACAAUUGUAAAGUUUUUAGACUGUUGCAUUCUGGAUAAUGUUUGUCAGCUGUUUUGACUAUUGUUUGUUUCAAGUCAGUUGAUAAAUUACGAAAAUAUCUUCUAUAUCUUCCAGGGUAUGAAGAAGAGGGCAGGUCUAAAAAAAA